AUGUUCCUACCUUUAGAGAAGAUAGUCCAACAGGAGAAGCUACAAAAUAACCUUGAUUACCUGGAAAGUUUCCUGAGAAGGCUCACAUUGGAAGAUGAAAAUUCUGUAUUUAAAAGCAUUCCGAAGAAAGAAGUAUUUUCUCUUUCUUAUUCUGCUCUUCAAGUUUUUAAAAACAAAAAAUCAACUAAAGACAACAGUUCAUAUCGGAUUUAUAUUCCUGAAACUCAAACCAUGGAUCCAAUUGCUGCAUUUAAAUCACGACUGUACAAGUUUGAGCAUAUAAAGAAUCCUUGUUGGUAUGAGCCUCCAUUUAUUGUUCCAAAUAUAAUAAAAGAGAUGCAGAUGUUGUGGCAUGGACAGGUCUUUUCAAAAGAAAUUCCAACACCAAACAUGAAGGAAGUUUUGACUGAUAUUCGGACAAAAUGGUUCUUACACAGGCAAACAAAGUUUAAAUGCUUCCCUUAUUUUUACAUCAUGUCCAGCAAUAAUUGCAUUCGUAAUGAAAUUGUGAAUCUUCUGAUUCAACAUCCUCAAAUAAAAGCUCCAAGCAAAAUAGACAUUGAUUUCUGGCCAAAUGUUCGUUCAGAUAACAUUGACUCCUAUGCAGAUAAUUUUGAAAUUCCAUCGAAUUUUCUUGCUGAAGAUAAGUUUAUUAUAACAUUUGAUGCCAGUUCCUCAACAUUUUUCCAGAAUAAUCAAUUAUUUAAUUCCAAAGGACAGCAGAAAUACUCAACUGCAGAUUUUAUUCAUGCUUUUAAUAAAAAUGUGAAAAUAUUUGUCUUCCUUCAAAACCCAGUUACAAAGCUUUAUGCUGAUUAUUUGACAAAUGAAAAUACAUCGAAUCCUCAACAGUUUCAUGAUGAAGUUAUAGAGUCUAUAACAAUGUUUAAAAAGUGUCUUCAAGUUUGCAAACUAGUGGAAUGUAUACAUCAAAAAAAUUUUACCCAAACAUAUCCAGUUUCUUUGCAUCUUGGUAUUUACUGGGUAUUUUUGGAAAGAUGGUACCACAAAUUUUCAACUCAACAGAUGAAGUUGUACUCCAUUGAAGAUGCCUUAAAUUGUAAGAAGUGCUUGAUGGACAACAUACAUUCCUUUCUUUCAAUCAGUGAUUUUUCUUCAAAAGAGAGCAAUCCUAACAUCUUUUACAAUUGUCUGAAUCCUGAAAUACCGAUGCUAAAAGAAACAAAAAUAAUACUAAAUGCUUUUUACAGCCCAUACAAUAAGAAACUAGCACAAAUCACCGGAAAUACAAACUUCUUAUGGCAGUAA